AGAGAGGACGAGCUGUGAGCUCAGUGAUAGAACAUGUAAGAGAGGGCGGAAGUGAAGUUUCUCUGGCUUCCUGUGUGGAGGAGGGGAAGUGUCAUUGCUGUAUGGAGACAUGCGUCUCACGGGUCUCGUAGAGAUGGCCUCCAAGGUGGUCAAGUUACCUAAUCUGUACCGGUUUGGCACCAGCCGGCCGUCUACCGUAGCUGCUCAGAGAAGGAACCCUCCGAGCAAGAGAAGACCCAGAGUAUUGGUGGAGCCCAUCAGCAAGGAUGAAUGGAAGUAUUUCCGAGGUGAUGUGGUUGAAGUCCUCGCAGGCAAGGACACCGGGAAGCAGGGGAAGGUGACGCAAGUCAUUCGUGCUCGAAACUGGGUGGUGGUGGAAAACCUGAACACCCACUACCGUUAUGUGGGAAAGUCGGGGGACUAUAAGGGGACGUAUGUGCCGAGUGAGGCCCCUCUCCUGGUAAAACAGGUGUCACUAGUGGAUCCCACAGACAAGAAACCCACGGAGACGGAAUGGAGGUUCACAGAAGAGGGGGAGCGGGUGAGAGUGUCGGUGAGAACUGGCCGGAUCAUUCCCCGACCCGUAUUCCAGAGACGAGACGGCAUCAUCCCAGAGCAGUGGAAAGAUGGCCCCAAAGACACCUCUGUGGAAGACGCUUUGGAGAAGACCUACGUCCCAUCACUGAAAACCUUCCAGGAGGAGAUUGUGGAGAAAAUGGGCAUUAUAGACACCAGAACACAAAGAAAAUCCUUCUGGUAUUAAUGAACACGGACAACGUUUUGCCACUUGCUUUGGACUUGAAGCGGAACUUCAGUUAUAUUUUUUUCAACUUUCCAUCUAUUAAAUCUUCUGCCCUUGUUGUUUUA